AUGGAUGUGGAGAGCAAAAACAACAACGAUGCCGUCGGAGUUGCGAAUGAAGAACUUCAGUCUUCGUCGUCACCACCCGAACCUGAAUCGAACUUCGAUCACUACCAGCAGAUGCUCAAGCAAACACCGAAGAUGGUGAUCAUCUUUGUCAUGUUGGCACUUUCAAUGUUGGUUAUUUAUCACUCUUCCAUUGUCUUGCCAUUUUAUGGAUACCACAUGAGUCCUACCAUCGCCAGCAAUUACCAUGCAAAUUCAUUGAGCAGGAUACUAAAAGAUGCAGCAAUGAGCAAUAAUACAGUUAUUAUUACAUCUUUGAACGAUGCAUGGGCUGAACCACAAUCUAUGUUUGAUCUUCUUCUAAAGAGCUUUCGAAUUGGGAAUCAAACCGAAAGAUUUUUGAAACACUUGGUCGUUGUAAAUGUGGACCAAAAUGCAUAUGCCCGUUGUUUGAAGCUACAUCCACAUUGCUACCAUCUUAACACCAAUGGAUCAGACUUUUCAGGGCAGGCUGAUUUUAUGACAGCUGAUUAUUUGAAAAUUGUGUGGAGAAAAAUUGAUUUUCUAGGCAAGGUUCUUAAUCUAGGAUAUAGUUUCGUGUUCACGGAUGCAGAUAUAAUGUGGUUCAGAGAUCCAUUUUCGCAAUUUGAUAAUGCUGAUUUCCAAACUGCUUGUGAUAACUUCAAUGGAAACCCAUUUGACUGGAGAAACCUACCAAAUACUGGUUUUAGUUAUGUGAAAUCAAACGAGAAAACAAUUCAACUUUACAAGUAUUGGUACAAGUCAAGGAUGAAUUACCCAGGCCUACAUGAUCAAGAUGUUUUCAACAGGAUCAAGUUCCAUCCUUUCGUACUAAAUAUAGGAUUAAGAAUUCGGUUCCUCGAUACUGCUUACUUUGGUGGAUUUUGUGAACCAAGCCAAGAUCUCAACAAGGUGUGCACAAUGCAUGCAAAUUGUUGUGUUGGUUUAGAAAAUAAAGUUCAUGAUCUUGGAAUAAUGCUCGAUGACUGGCGAAAAUAUAUAAAAUCUUUAGUGAAUCAAACAACAACAGGCCAGUAUAAAGGGUCCUGGACAGUUCCUCAACUUUGCAGGGGUUCUUUACGUCGUCCUCGUCCUCGUCCUCAUCCUCAUGCACCAAAGAAGAAAGUUGGUCAAGGAAGCAAGAGUUAA